AUGUCCUUAGCAUUAGAGACUCAUUGUAAUAUCGAUUAUGAAUGCCUUGAUAUGCUCAUUGAAGUAGCGGAAGAUUUGCAAAAAAAUUUUGGUAAAUCUGUCGAACAAAAUGAAAUUGAUAGUGACCUGAGAAAACUAAAAAGUGAACUAAAUAUUCAUAGUAGUUAUUUUAGAAAGAAUAAUUAUGAAAUACUUAAACAUGUCGAAAAUUACCUUUUUAAACAAAACAAUUCCAUUUUUGAAAGGAUAACACUGUUGCUUAAGCAUAGAUAUAAUCGAGGAGCUGCUAAUAAAAUUACAAA